CGAACAACGCUCACACUGGGGAGCUGCACAGAUAGCAGAAAGACACACGGGUGCUCUGAAUGGCUGCACACAACAAACCAGGAGACGAGAGUGAGGUCCACGACAGCUUAUUAUUGGAUCCUAAUGGGAAAAAUGGAUAUGUCAAAGAGAGGACGGAAGACCAAACUCUGUGGCCGAGAUCCCUGGCCCGAAAAUGGAUUGUGACUCUGUUUAUGGGCACCUGCCUGCUGUACUGUGCCAGGAUGGCCAUGCCGGUCUGUGCCGUCUCCAUGGCAGCGAAGUUUCAGUGGAGUAAGAUCGACACCGGGCUGGCUCUAGGUGGAUUCUUCUGGGGUUAUUGUUUCACUCAGGUUCUGGGCGGACAUGCCAGCGACAAAGUUGGAGGUGAGCGCGUCCUGUUCAUCUCGGGAGUGCUGUGGGCGACGAUCACAACGGGAACUCCUCUACUGGCCCGUCUGGGCUCCCACACCGUCUCAGUCAUGACAGUGGCCAGAUUCCUCAUGGGACUAUUUCAGGGUGUCUUUUUCCCAUCGUUGGCCAGCCUGUGCUCACAGCGUGUGGUGGAAGGAGAGCGAGGGUUUUUAAUGAGCGCAAUGCAGAGCGGUAGCCAUUUUGGAACAUUGUUAGCUGGCGGGAUGGGGUCUCUGUUGAUCGACCACUAUGGCUGGGAAUGCAUGUUCUACUGUACUGGUAUCCUGUCUGGACUCUGGGCUCUCAUAGUUUGGCAGUGUCUAUUAAAAGGUGAACUUGCCCCCAAGCGUCCGGAAGCACAGAGUAGCGCACAAUGGAGUUUGUCAAGAGCGCGUCUGCUGAGUCUUUUUAAGAAGCCACCGGUCUGGGCCAUGGUGUUUGCACACAUGUGCAUGUGUGCCACAUCGUACACUUUAUUGUCGUGGCUGCCAACCUACUUCAAAGAAUCAUUUCCUCAUGCUACGGGAUGGGUGUACAAUGUGAUUCCAUGGCUGACCGCGAUUCCUUCGGCUCUCUGUGGAGGAUAUGUUUCAGAUUUCCUAAUAAAACGAGGAUACGUCGUUUCAACCGUGAGAAAGAUAAUGCAGUUUUUUGCCAUGGGCGUAUCGAGCAUGUUCAUCAUGCCUCUGUCUGGAUCUGUCACCUUUAACUCUGCUCUGAUUUUCAUUUCUGCUGCAGUGGGUUUUUCAACUUUCACCAGCGGUGGUGUGUCUGUGAAUGUUCAGGAUCUCACUCCAUCAUGUGCAGGCGCCCUCUUCGGUUUUAUGAACAUGAUGGGUGCUUUUACGGGGCUGGUGCUGGUCUCUGUGUCUGGGUACCUGAUUGAGGUCACCCUCUCGUGGGCCACGGUCUUCUCCCUCAUCACUUUAAUCAACGCCGUGGGUCUCGGGAUCUUCGUCAUCUUUGGAGAUGCUCGCCGCGUCGACCUGAAGGAAUACAGCCAGGUCACUGUGAUCUGACCCAGACUGGACUGAAUAUAAACACAAUACAUUAUUGUGCUCAUCAGGGAUCAUUGCUGCUUUGUGUGCAGUUAAACAGUGUUGUUGUCGUUGAAAACUGCAGACUUGAAAUGAAGGAACUUCACUGUAGUGACUCUGGAUAACACUUUGUACAACUGUUAAAGACUAUGUUAAUGUGUAAUGUGGGAAGUUUAAUCAGCAAACAAAUGUUUACGUUAAUAAUGAUUUCACACAAGCUGCUAGUCACUGGUACAUGACACACAUUAACGGGUGAAAUCAGCCCAAUCAGGGAGGAGUAGACAUAAAGCUUUACUUACUUAAGACAUGACUCUGUUUUUACCUCUAAAUGGCAACAACGUCACAAUGGAAGUCGUCCAAACAACAAGCACCAGAGGAACUACAGCACUUUGUGACUUCUGUCUCAGCAAACAGGUUAGGUUACGUUGUUUGUUUUACAUGUUCAGUGUCAUGUAACUAGAUGAGAGAAGCUGAUUUUACGCUGUCACCGCAACUUUUGUUUUGGCUUUGAUUUGUGAGAUGUUAAAUGGACAUCGUGUACUCACAUUUUUAUACAUUCUUUUCAUUUAAAAAACAAAAACAAAACAAAACAUUUUUUUUGUUGUUGUUGUUUUUGCCAACACAAAACUUGAGAUUUAAACUUAAACUUAAACAAAUACAAUGCAGUGAAAACUAUUUGUAAAGAAUCAGCUCUUUAGGUCAAAGUCAUAUAUUUGUUCUCAGUGUGGUUGUUUGGUGUCAAGUGUGUUUACAUCCUCUCUAUUACCGGUGAUAAAGGUGAAAACCAACAGAAGUUAAAACAACUCUUGUGUAUGUAUUUAUAAUAAAUUUGCUAUGGAUAUUUAUUCCUCAACCUUUCAGUUUUUUGGAAGCUUUUUUUUUUUUUAAAAAAAAUAACAUACAUGUUUGUCUUUGUAUGUGAAAUGAAGACCCUUUUUUGACAGAGUCAAAAGUGUGUGUUUGAUGCUUACAAGAAUGGUUUUAAUUAAAGAACUUGACUGUGUUGAUCUGUCAACAUUGGUCCACGGCAUUUAUUUUUCUUCAUUAGUCUUUAUUUCAACAUACACAUGUAUAAUAGGCCUAUCAAAUAAAACAUAAAAAUGA